AUGGGGCCCCCGGGCAAUAGGGGAUUAUGGGGCCCCUGUGUCCUUGCCCAAACUCAAAAAAGCCUAUUAAACAUGGUCAGUCAAUGCUCUUCACUCUAUACUAUAACAAACAUGGAUACAUCAAGCAUUCAGUGCUAUGGCUACAAAUGACUGGCACCCAGGGGCAGACUGACAACUCAUGGGGCCCCCUGGCAAUAGGGGAUCAUGGGGCCCCUGUGUCCUUGCCCAAUCUCAAAAAAGCCUAUGAAAAAGGUACCAGGGGCAUCUCAUAGGGCCCCCUACUGACCCCGGGCCCUCGGGCAGUGCCCGAGAUUCCAAAUGGUCAGUCCGCCCCUGCUGGCACCUAAUAGGUGUGA